AUGUCUGAGAAGGAAGGGGGACUUAAGAGCAUUGUUGAUGUUAUGGUUGCAGGUUACUUGGCACGGUGUAAUUAUGUUUGCUCAUACAAGUGUUUGACAGAAGAGUCUCCUAAUUUACGAUCCCAAGUACAGUUUGCAAAUGGAAAAGUGAUGUUUGAUGAUUUAUUGCAUGGGAAGCGUCUUGACGAAAUUAUAAUUAUGUUUAAUGAAUGUGGUGGUGUGCUAGUCCCUCCUGCUUUUCUCGAUUUUGGUUCGAAAUUGCGUGAUUUGGCAAAUGAGUAUACGGCUUUGACUAAUCCUGAUGUUCAUUUUUCAAGCGUUCAGAAAUCCUUGUAUGGAAAGCGUGUCCCACCAUCAAGUCAAAGUCGAGCUGUCAUCAAAGAGAAUCAGUUGAAGGACGCCGUUAACUUUUCCUCGCUAGGACUUCCAGCGGAACAAGAAUGUCCCUGUGACGAACACAAUGUUCCCAGCCCGUCGUCUUCAGCGCGAAGAAAGUCCACACAACCGGUGAGUACGAAAAAUAGGCUGGUUGAGAAUGUAAUGCAUGCCGCUCAACAUGCCAUUGUCGGCCGAAGCAUUGCUGAAUCCUCUCCUUCAACGGACGCGAAUACUAUAUCUGUUGGUGAAGGUGUUAUCGACAACUUAGAUGGAUCUUUCUUAUCGUAUUUCCCAGAAAUGGUGGCUAGUGAAUUUGAUAUGCUUGACUUGGGUGAACCGUCCACUUCACAUCUUGAGGAAUCUGGUGAAGCUUUUGUACAAAGUGAGAAGUCAUUAUUACAUGGAACUGCCUUCCAGGUUGGAGAUGAACGUGGUUCUCCAAUGAAUCUUGCAAAUAUUCCUCAGCACAGUGAUCUUAAAGAAAAUUUGGUCUGCGAUAUUUCAAAGACUGAGGUCGACUCUACAAAACUUCCAGCUUCCAGCUCAUCUACAUCUUCGCCUGUAAGCAAGGUUAUCACGACAAGUGUGUUUCCAAAGGAUGGUGAAGAAGAAAGUAUAAAACAUGUGGAAUUUUUGAAAAAAAGAAAGAAACAGGAUCCAUUUGCUAAGAGAAAAAAAAAGGUAGCUUUUGGGACAACCAAACCAAAUGAAAACACUGAUGGUGAUUCGGCCUCUGUGUCGUCUGGCUCAGGACUUGAUUCUUCUCGGGAAGCGGAAAAGCGUAAUGAUUUGCAGAAAUUAUCUUUAGAAGAUUUAUUCGAUAACACAGAUGAAGUUCAGGAACAGGACGUUCAUGAUACUUUCAAUACUAGGCAGCAAAAAACUGACUUAUGUGGAAAAGGUAAAAAAGUUAAUGGCGCCGUUGGAAGUGGAGGGGGUGUUGCGGCUAAUGAAGAUAAAGAAGUCGCUGCAACGAGAAACUUGGUAGAUUUAGGAGACACUCCUGCAACUUCUUCGUGUGAGGAGAUGGGUGAUCAUGAAAUGAAUAAGGAAAAACAGAAAGUUGAAGAGAAUUCACGAAGGGCGGAAGGAUGGGUCAAAUUAACAGCUGGAAAACGAGAGAAUUAUGAGGGAAAAAAUGAAGCAGAUGAAACCAAACGGGUUUUUGGGGAUCAGAACAGUGGCAAAACCAGAAAAAUUGUUAUGGAAAGUAAAAAAUGUGAAGAAGUUAACAAAAAGCCGUCAGAUGGGAAGCGCAUGGCACUGUCUUUGCCGAAGGGGGCGAACGUUGUAAAGGACGAGGAAGUUAAAAAGACUUCAACCACUGAGAAGGUUCUAGAAGGCGUGCCGCCUUUUCCGCGUCAAUCAGACGGUAGCAAUAACUUGAGCAUGGAAAAGUCGAAAAGUGUUGACUUUGCUGCUAAUGCAGAGGAGCAGACAGGAGUUGUAUUUCCCGAGAAAACUAAUUUAGGCGGCACGGAAACUGCUUUUGGAACUCUAGAAGAAGGGGAGCUGCUGCCUUCUCCUAAAAAGAUUAUUAAUCGGUGUGGAGAUACGGCAGGAGAUGAAAAACAAUUGGAGCACAAAGAUAAGGCGAAUAAUAAAAAUGUUGUUGAAAGAAGUCCUUCGAAUUUUGAAACUGGUUCCAAAGAAAGAAAAAAAAAAGAUAAGGAAUUGAAAUUGCGCAAAGAAAGAGAAGAAAUAGAGCGGCUCAGGAAAAAACAAUUGGAAGAUGAAGGUAGGAGAGCAGCAUAUCGAGAACAAAAGCGAAAGAAGGAACUGGAGAAGGAAGCAAGAGAGAAGGAGGAAAGAGAGAAGCGAAGGAAGGAAAGGCUUGGAAGGCUUGAAGAUAAGCGGAAGUUAGAACGGGAAAGUGAUAAGCGUGUGGAGAAAGAAUGUCACGCAUCUGAAAGCUGUUUAAAGAAUAAACAGGACUUUAGCGAAGUACGCGGUGGGAACCGUGAAAAGGUUUCUAAAGCUGGUUCUAAAUUUGAUAGUUUACUGGAAGAAUCGCUCUUUGGCGGUGAAAAAGUUAGCCGUAAACAACGAGAAGGGAAAGGCAAAGAUGUGUUUGAGGGUCGGCUGCAUCACAAGAAGUCUUAUUCUGUUCCUGAAAAGCAUGUUGCAAGUGCACCUGGGAAAAAAGACGAGGCAAAAUCUAAAUUGGAGCGCGACAAUAAGGAUGCUGCUGCGAAGCGUCAAGAACUUUUUAUCGAUAAUUUAUUCGAAACUAUGACAGCGCCUCCUAGUUGUUCGAAAAGGGAAGAAACUAUAUCUGUAGAGCAAACAAAAAGAAGUUGCGAUUUCUUGAGAAGGGUAAUUGCUACAGUUGAGGAGAAAAGUGGAGGUGAAAGGUCUAAGAGGGAAAAAGUGGUGUCAUCUGGAGUCGAUAAAGGUCGACCGAAUUUGCUGGUCAGAGGUGGACAUUCUGCCAGGGGUAAGUUUACCCAGAAAAAUUAUAAUUUUUCUUAGUA